AUGGGCAGAUGCGCAAGCGUCAGGCCAUCACAACCAUCCAACCCAGCGCGAAAAAAGUUCAAAAAUGGGUGGGCUAGAUGGGUUUUGAAACAUUGCCCAGCCAAAUGCCUAAUCCUCAUGGCCCGCGGGUGGCACAUAGCCCGUAAGUCCCUCCGGCAAGCCAUCGGAUCAACUGCCCGGAGGGACUUAGUUAAGUUAGAGCUAGUGGCUGAGCUAGCGAGAUUCAAUCGUCCUCGACCGUAUCUCCGUAGACGGAGGAGAUGUCGGCGGAUCGAAUACAGACCCGUUAUCGAAGGCCAAAGGAGACAGCGAGUCGUCAGAAGCUACGGCUUAAUAGCACCGGUCUCUCCCUCCUCGGAUCGUGCCCCCAGGCUCUUCCUCCUACCAAGCCGCUACCCCGUCCCUCCUUAUCCCAUCCCCCUCUCAGUGUGA